AUGGAAGGGGGGUUAUCGGAGCUAUUCCCGCUGCCAUUUUAUGUUCCUCCUGUUACUUGUCUUUACCCAGUCAAGGUCACCACUGAUAACUCCCAGGUCACCGCUGGUAACUCCCAGGGCACCGCUGGUAACUCCCAGGUCACCACUGAUAACUCCCAGGUCACCGCUGGUAACUCCCAGGGCACCGCUGGUAACUCCCAGGUCACCACUGAUAACUCCCAGGUCACCGCUGGUAACUCCCAGGGCACCGCUGGUAACUCCCAGGGCACCGCUGAUAACUCCCAGGGCACCACUGAUAACUCCCAGGUCACCGCUGGUAACUCCCAGGGCACCGCUGGUAACUCCCAGGUCACCGCUGGUAACUCCCAGGGCACCGCUGGUAACUCCCAGGUCACCGCUGGUAACUCCCAGGUCACCACUGAUAACUCCCAGGGCACCGCUGGUAACUCCCAGGGCACCGCUGAUAACUCCCAGGUCACCGCUGGUAACUCCCAGGUCACCGCUGGUAACUCCCAGGGCACCGCUGGUAACUCCCAGGUCACCGCUGGUAACUCCCAGGGCACCGCUGGUAACUCCCAGGUCACCGCUGGUAACUCCCAGGUCACCACUGAUAACUCCCAGGGCACCGCUGGUAACUCCCAGGGCACCGCUGGUAACUCCCAGGGCACCGCUGGUAACUCCCAGGGCACCGCUGGUAACUCCCAGGGCACCGCUGGUAACUCCCAGGUCACCGCUGGUAACUCCCAGGUCACCGCUGGUAACUCCCAGGGCACCGCUGGUAACUCCCAGGUCACCGCUGGUAACUCCCAGGUCACCGCUGGUAACUCCCAGGUCACCGCUGGUAACUCCCAGACAACCCCUCAGCUUUCUGUCCAGUAA